AAUGUAUGGUUGUCAUGUGUCACGCAGUCUGGCUCUCGGUCAGCUGACAGAUCCGGGUCCGCUUGUGAUGUUUACUUUGUUCGGUGCGUUAUUUGUUUUCGUUCAGUCUCGCGUUAUUUAUUUUAUUUUGAAUGAAUGCAGCGUUAUGCGUCGCCAAGGAGAACCAUGGUAGUCGUGAACUCGGUGCUCAAGCUGUUGCAGAGGCAGACGUACACAUGUCUGUCCCACCGAUACGGGCUCUACCUCUGCUUUGGGGGGCUCGUCCUCAUGAUAGUCUCCGCAUUUCAGUUCGGAGAGGUGGUGGUGGAGUGGAGUCGGGACCAGUAUCAUGUGCUGUUUGACUCCUACAGAGACAAUGUGGGUGGGAAAUCGUUCCAAAGCAGGCUCUGUCUGCCCAUGCCUAUUGAUGUGGUGUACACAUGGGUGAACGGAACAGACAUGGCUCUGUUGAAGGAACUGAAGACGGUCAAAGAGCAACUGGAGGAGGAACAUAAAGCUCUGAGGGAACGCCUCGGGAAAAAUGCCAGUGAGACAACUGAAGUGCCAAAAGACAGUGUUAAGCCAGAAUGCCUGCUGUCCCACUGCAUCAUAGCGCCCAUGCUGGCCCUGGAUCCCGCUCUGCCAGCCAACAUUACACUCAAAGAGCUGCCGACGCUCUCUCCCUCCUUCUCCGCCGCCAAAGAGCUGCUGCUGCUGAACAAACCCUUCCACCCGUCCACCACCGCCUCCGUGGUGGUCUUCCAUUCGCAGACUGACGCUGAUAAAGCCUAUACAGAUGUGUCUAGAGAAGACCACAAGUUCUCUGUGUCCAGAUGUUACCUGACGACCGAUAAAGAGGCUCCGGGUCUGAUCCGCAUGCAGUCCCUGGCCUAUCUGAGCGGCUUCCCGGCGUCCUUUAAGGAAACGGAGCAGCUGAGAGUCAAACUGCCCUCUGUCAUAACCACUAAGAUCAAACAGUUUGAGUUGUACUCUGAGGCCAGCAUCGCCCUGCUCCACCUGAAAACCCCGCAGGAUUUCACCGAUCUGACGCAGCAGGCUAAAAAGAAUCUGACCCUGGAUGGAAAAGAGUUAACCAUCACGCCUGGCUACUUGUUCUGGGACCUCACCGCCAUCUCACAGUCCAAACAGGAUGAAGACGUGUCAGCCAGUCGGUUUGAGGACAACGAGGAGCUCCGCUAUUCGCUGCGCUCUGUGGAGAGACAUGCCCCCUGGGUGCGACACAUCUUCAUCGUCACCAACGGGCAGAUUCCCUCCUGGCUCAACCUGGAUAACCCCAGAGUUACGGUUGUCACACAUCAGGAUAUUUUCCAGAACAACAGCCACCUUCCCACUUUCAGCUCCCCUGCCAUAGAGACCCACAUCCACCGCAUCCCAGGACUCUCCCAAAAGUUCAUUUACCUCAAUGAUGAUGUAAUGUUUGGCAAGGACGUCUGGCCGGACGACUUCUACAGCCACUCGAAAGGACAGAAGGUGUAUCUCACCUGGCCUGUCCCCAACUGUGCCGAGGGCUGCCCAGGAUCUUGGAUCAAAGAUGGGUACUGCGACAAAGCCUGCAACAACUCUGCCUGUGACUGGGAUGGAGGAGACUGCGUCGGUUCAGCAGGGAAUAGUCGGUUUGGGGCUGGGGUCGGUGGUGGCGGUCCCGGUGGAGCUGGUGGACAGGUGUGGCAGUUUGCAGGUGGUCUAGGAGGUCUUGGGGGGACGUCGUACUGUAAUCAAGGCUGUGCCAACUCCUGGCUGGCAGACAAGUUCUGUGACCAAGCCUGCAAUGUGCUCUCCUGUGGUUUCGAUGUGGGAGACUGUGGCCAAGAGCACUUUGGCGAGUUGCACCAUGUGACCCUGCUGAGGAAUCAGAGCCUGUACACCCUCCCAGUAGGUGAAAUCAGGCCAUAUUUCAGCUUUAACACACUGGCUCGCAGAGUCUCCGAGGCCCAUGUCAGCGACAAUGUGGCGGUUCGCCACACCUCCGUCGCCAACAAGUGGAAGACCAUUCACCUGCUGCUCCAUCCUGGCCACAACGCCACCCAGAUCCAGUACAACAUCACUUUCCAGAGAGAAGACGACAGCGAGUUCAAAAUGAGCUUCAGUGUAGCUGUCGACACCCGCGAAGUACCUCAGACUAACGUGUCGAAGACUGCGAGCAAAGACGCCGGCAAAGAGCCAAAGCCGACUCCGACUCCAGAGCCACCGUUUCCGUUCUCAGAUGUUCCUGAGCACAAACAGGGUCCUAAGAUCCAGAAGAGGCAGCCUGGUGAACCUGAGGUUGUCAUAGAAGUUCCUGCACUAAAUGUGUCACUUCUACCAGCUGUCGUGCGCAGUGAGCUGCAAAAGCUGGAUGAGAAGCUUCUGAUUGGUGACAUUACUAUAAAGGGUUAUAACCUCACAAAGGCUGAACUUCUAAAACCUUACAAGGCACUGGCUCAAAAGCAGCAGGUCAUCGAUUCACAUCCAGCUAAUGAGGGUGCAGCCAAGGUCCAGGGAAAGCCCUAUAAGGACUUGGAGGUAGAGCACGUGCAAGAGAAAGCAGGAACCAUUCAGAAAAAUCUAAACUCAAAAGAAAUGUCCAGGAAAGACGUGGUUGUGCAGGAAAGAAUUGUCACUCCUCUUAUCACAGUCCAAAUUGAUGAUGAGCAUAAAAAAGACUUUGAGAUUCCCAAACAUAAUCUAAAAGCUGCAAUCGAGAGGCCAAUGACUUCCAAGCUGCUAAGCAGCAUUUCCAAAACCGAGAGCGCAGAGAGUCGGGCAGAGCCAGCCGACGCUGCAGGAGGAGCUGUAGUGGGGAGGAGACUCCAACACUUCAUCUCCUCAGACAGAGGCUUCCUGCCGUGGGAGAGGAGGAAAUACUUCCAGGAACAGCUUGAGGAAGGGGAGCGUCUGCAGAGAGAAUUGCUGUACGCGACUGAUGGUGGCGCCACCCGCCGAAGGCUGCAGGACACUUUUGCUGACUCGCUGCGCUAUGUCAACAAGCUUCUCAACGGCCAGUUCGGAUUCACAUCCCGCAAAGUCCCCGCACACAUGCCUCACAUGAUCGACCGCUUCAUCAUGCAGGAGCUGCAGGACACAUUCCCAGAAGAGUUUGACAAGACGUCAGCCCAUCGUGUUCGUCACUCGGAGGACAUGCAGUUCGCCUUUUCGUACUUCUACUUCCUGAUGAGUGCUCAGCAGCAGCUCAAUGUGUCUGAGGUGUUCGACGAGAUUGACACCGACCAUUCAGGCGUCCUGUCCGACCGGGAGAUUCGAACUCUCGCCACAAGGAUCCACGAGCUGCCACUCAGCCUCCAGGACCUGACAGGCCUGGAGCAGAUGUUGAUAAACUGCUCUAAGACUCUCCCAACUAACCUGACCCGGCUCCACCUGGUGAACCCAACGCAGGAGGCCUACUAUGACCCCAGCAUGCCUCCUGUCACCAAAGGCCUCAUCCUCCAUUGCAAGCCCAUCACAGAACGCAUCCACAAAGCCUUCAGAGAGCAGAAUAAGUACAAGUUUGAGAUCAUGGGGGAGGAGGAGAUAGCCUUCAAGAUGGUGCGGACAAAUGUGUCCCAUGUGGUCGGCCAGUUAGAUGACAUUAGGAAGAAUCCCAGGAAGUUCAUCUGUCUGAAUGAUAACAUCGACCACAGCCAUAAGGACGCCGCCACAGUGAAAGCUGUGCUGAGAGACUUCUAUGAGUCCAUGUUCCCGUUGCCGUCCCAGUUUGAACUGCCCAGAGAGUAUCGCAACAGGUUCUUGCAUAUGGAAGAGCUCCAGGAAUGGCGAGUGUAUCGAGACAAGCUGAAGUUCUGGACGCACUGUGUCCUCGUGACGCUCGUCAUCUUCACCAUCAUGUCCUUCUUCGCUGAACAGCUGAUUCUGCUAAAGCGGAAGCUGUUCCCCCGUCGCAGAGUGAACAGGGACAGCAACACUGAGAGGGUGUGACAGAGGAAGACUUCCCUCUCCUCCCUUAUCUUCACUUGAACGUCCACCCUUUCUCUCCUGCUCAGUGGAGAAGACAGGAGAGGAUUCAGACAGAGGGAUUGGGUGGAAACAAGAAUCUGAGGCCCUCCUGUGCUUGUGUUGCAUCACCGCGGACGAGGUGUAGAGACUCAUACGAGAUGGCGAUGAAACAUUUUUAAGAAGAUGAUGGAUGGGGCUGGCCAAUGAAAGGAAUGGCAGCCAGAAAGAAGAAGCCUGUAAAUCUUCUUUUCCUCCGCUGAGACUUACACUUACAAAUACACAAACACUCCCUACACGCUGUACCACCUCAUGUUCUGCCCUCACCGUGCCAUUGAUUGAUGUGCUGUUAAAAGUGUGAAACAUUUGAUAACAGCAGGUCAGCACUCAUUGUGUGUGUGUGUGUGUGUGUGUGUGUGUGUGUGUGCAGCAAGCAUUUUUUUUACCAUAAAAU